GUAAUGGAUCCCGUGGGCAGGCUGGCUCCUGUGACGUUUGAUGACAUCACGGUGUAUUUGCUUCAGGAGGAGUGGAUGCUGCUGAGUCAGCAACAGAAGGAGAUCUGUGGUUCUGACGAGGUGGUGGCACCACUGGGCUUGUCAUAGAGGUUCAAUGAAAUAAAACAACUUGAAACUUGGUGCCCAUGACCAACUAUUGCCAACCCAGAGCUGUUCUAUAAAUUUGAUCGAGGGCCAGAGCCGUGGCUAGCCAAUGUCCAGGGCCAGAGGAAUCUCUUGAGCCUCCACCGAGGAAAAAACAAGAUGGGCUUCAUGGAAGAAAUGGACAUGCAAAGUCCCGCCAGAGAAGCUGGGCUCUACCUGCCUCCUCAGAAGAAAGCCUGUCCUUCCCAUUUCAGCUCAGAGAGCGGCGGCAUCCAGGGGGACUGCACAGGAAGAAGCAGAAAACCGUUGAGACCCCGGUCCAUCCAGAAGUCGUGGUUUGCGCAGUUCCCGUGGUUGGUCAUGAAUGAGGAGCGGACGGCUCUCUUUUGCUCUGCUUGCCGGGAGUACCCAUCCGUCAGAGACAAACGGUCAAGAUUAAUAGAAGGUUACACAGGACCAUUCAAGGUGGAGACUCUCAAAUACCACGCCAAGAGCAAGGCCCAUGUGCUCUGUGUCAAGGCCUUGGCAGCUCGGGACCCCAGCUGGGCAGCCCGUUUCCGGAGCAUCCAUGAUGUGUCUAGAGAGGUACUGGCCAGUCCGGGGCACCUCUUCACUGCAGAUUAUCCCAUAUUUUACCCCCCAGGGCCUCUGGGGGUCUAUGAUAACCUGGCCCAGCUCCUGCCCAGCUCAAGAGCUGCCCUGGAGGACCCUGGAGGGAGUGGAGCAAUUCCUGCAUUGUACCUAGACUGCGUUCCUGAUUUCAGGCAAAAAGAAAUUGCUGAUGACAUCCGCGGCUCCUCAGACGUUAGCAUUUUGUGUAAUGACUCUGCUGAGCCCCGUGGCCAGGAUCCUUCUGAAGAGGGGCUGUUUGAGGAGGUUCCCGUGGUGUUUGAGGAUGUGGCGGUGUAUUUCACCCGGGAGGAGUGGGGCGCGCUAGACAAGCGGCAGAAGGAGCUGUACAGAGACGUGAUGCGGACGAAUUAUGAGCUGUUGGCAUCCCUGGGGCCUGCUGCCGCCAAACCAGACUUGAUCUCAAAACUGGAGCGGAGAGCUGCACCCUGGAUCAAGGACCCAGACGGGCCCAAGUGGGGGAGAGGCCGUCCUCCAGGGAAGAAGACGACGGUGGCCAUUAGAGAGGCACACACACAGGCCUCGGAUCUGGAAUCUGCACUGCUUCCAGCUCCUUCCAUGGAGACGUGCACCUCCUACUGCAAUCCCAGCCUUUGUGAAGUAGAAGCAGAUGGACGGAGGAAAAUCAAGAGGACUUACAGACCCCGCUCAAUUCAGAGGUCGUGGUUUGGGCAGUUCCCAUGGUUAGUAAUUGACCCAAAAGAGACCAAGCUUUUCUGCUCAGCUUGCAGAGAAAGACCUAGUCUGCACGACAAAUCAUCCCGGUUAGUCCGAGGUUACACGGGUCCUUUUAAAGUGGAGACUUUAAAGUACCAUGAAGUCAGCAAAGCACACAAGCUCUGUGUCAACACCCUGGAAGUCAGGGAAGACACCCCGCAGGCCGCCCUCGUCCCCGAGAUCUCCAGUGACCUGAUGGCCAACAUGGAGCACUUUUUCAAUGCCGCCUAUUCCAUCGCGUACCACUCGAGGCCCCUGAACGACUUUGAGAAGAUCCUGCAACUCCUCCAAAGCACCGGGACCAUGAUUUUGGGCAAGUACCGAAAUCGCACCGCCUGCACUCAGUUCAUCAAAUACAUCUCCGAGACUCUGAAGAAGGAGAUCCUUGAGGAUGUCCGGAACUCCCCGUGUGUGAGCGUGUUGCUGGACAGCGCCACAGGCACCUCCGACCAGUCCUGUGUGGGCGUUUACAUCCGCUACUUUAAGGGGACGGAGGUGAAGGAGUCUUACAUCACUCUGGCCCCACUCUACAGCGAGACGGUGGAUGGAUACUUUGAGACCAUCAUCUCUGCCCUGGACGAACUGGACAUCCCCUUCCGGAAGCCUGGCUGGGUGGUGGGCCUGGGAACCGAUGGCUCAGCCAUGCUGAGCUGCAGAGGAGGUGUGGUGGAGAAGCUCCAGGAGACCAUCCCCCAGCUGCUGCCGGUGCAUUGCGUGGCCCACCGGCUACACCUGGCCGUGGUUGACGCCUGUGGAGGCAUCGACCUGGUCAAGAAGUGUGACCGGCACAUCCGAACCGUCUUCAAGUUCUAUCAGUCCUCGAACAAAAGGCUGAAUGAGCUGCAGGAGGGCGCGGCCCCACUGGAGCAGGAAAUCAUCCGCCUGAAGGACCUGAACGCUGUCAGGUGGGUGGCCAGCAAGAGGCGCACGCUGAAUGCGCUCAUCGUGAGCUGGCCCGCCCUGGCCAGGCACCUCCAGAGCGUGGCGGAAGCGGGUGGCCAGGUCGGGCACAGGGCCAAAGGCAUGCUGAAGCUGAUGAAGGGCUUCCAUUUCGUCAAGUUCUGCCACUUCCUCUUGGACUUCCUGAGCAUCUACGGGCCUUUGUCCGAAGUGUGCCAGAAGGAGAUCGUGCUGAUUACGGAGGUGAACUCCACGCUGGCACGGGCCUACGUAGCGCUGGAGACCCUCCGUCACCAGGCAGGACCCAAAGAGGAAGAGUUCAAUGCCGGCUUCAGGGACGGGCGGCUCCACGGCAUCUUCCUGGACAGAGUGGAGGUGGCGGAACAGCGGUUCCAGGCGGACAGGGAGAGGAUGAUCCUGACUGGGAUUGAGUACCUCCAGCAGAGGUUUGACGCGGACCGUCCCCCGCAGCUCAAGAACAUGGAGGUGUUUGACGCCACGGCCUGGCCAAGUGGGAUGGAACUGGCCGGUUUUGGGAAUGAUGAUAUUCUUGCCCUGGCCAGAUAUUUUGAACUCUCACUGCCCCCAGGAUACAGCGAGGAAGCACUGCUGGAGGAGUGGCUGGGCCUGAAAGCCAUCGCCAAGAACUUGCCGUUCUCCAUGCUGUGCAGGAACGCCCUGGCCCAGGACUGCCGCUUCCCCUUGCUCAGCAGGCUCGUGGCAGUGGUGGUCUGUGUGCCCGUCUCCACCUCCUGCUGUGAGCGCGGAUUCAGUGCCAUGAACCGGAUCAGGACCGAUGAGAGGACCAAGCUCUCCAACGAGGUGAUCAACAUGCUCAUGAUGACAGCGGUGAAUGGUGUGGCGGUCACAGAGUACAACCCCCAGCCCGCCAUCCAGCACUGGUACCUGACCUCCUCAGGUCGGCGUUUCAGCCACGUCUACACCUGUGCCCAAGUGCCACCCCGCUCCCACACAAGUUCAGACUGCUACCAGAAAUCACUCGGGGACUGGACCAGUGAGGGCAGAGACACCACAUUCCCGUGGGGCUGUGCGGACCCUCUUUGCAGAGGGAAGAGGUUGGUGCAGGUCACAGGGGCUGUGAGGACGGUGCUGUGUGGAGGAGAAGGUUGGGGGUUUCAGGCAGGGGAGGGGUCCGUGAGGAGAGCCUCCCAACUAGCCUGGAAGGCCAGGUGGGGACUGGGCUUGAGGGGGAAGUGACAUUAUCCUGGAGGCCAAGUUACCGGACAUCUUAAGUAAGAAAUUUCCCUCUUUUCAAGUAGUCACUGAACACCAAAGAAAACUGCUCCAGGCUGCUCCUGUGUCACUGAACAGUGACAGAGCCAUGGUUUUCCUCUCUUGGCGUCUUCCUGUAGCGGGUCUCCGUCCUCUUGCUUCUGCUUUCAUCCUACCUCAGGGUCUGUGAUCGUCAGCAGUGGACCGGCCUCGGGGCUGACAGACGCUCUGUAGGAAGCCUGGUGGCCCUGGCCCUGCAGCUGGGGGGUGGGUGCAGGGAGGGGGCAGAAGUGGAGAGAAGGAAAGAGGGUGAUUCCAACACGGGAGUCCUUCACCCACGCAUUUGGUGAGUGAGCUGCUCUCCCUGCCCGACCUGUGAGGGUGAAGGAGGAGAAGACGCCCUCAGCUGUGCGCUUCUGCAAGUUGUAAUCAUAGGGCGGUGGGACUAGGACGUCUGAAGCAAACAGAGAACACGGCCAGAUUGUAUAUGGUAGAGCCUUCUUUCCCAGGCAGUUUCUCAACCUCAGCACUGCUGACGUUUGGGGCCAGGUAGUUCUUCGCUGUGGGUGCCUGUCCUGCGCCUGGCCACCCCUGGCCUUUCCCACUACACACACACUGGGUACCAGUAGCACCCUCCCCGUUGUAGCAAUCAAAAAGGUCUCUGGACUCUGCCAAAUGUCCCCUGGGAGCAAAAUUGCCCCCCCCACCCCCACCCCCGCCCAUGAGCUCUGCUGCCCUGGGGGAAAGUCAGCAGAGUGGGACUCCAUCAGGCCCACAGAGAGCAGUCCUUGUCUGUCUCCAGUCUGUUCUGCCAGGGCUUCUUCACUGAACAUACCUUGGGGCGCAGUUGGUUGUGGGGAGGGGAUUAUCAUCUGAUCUGUUUUCUCUGUCUGACUGUACCCUCCCUUUCCUCCCG